AAUAAAGCGUAAUUAAAAAAAAAAAAACCUCUGUUCCCCUUGACGACGUAAGAAUUUGGGCGUCGAGAAUUUCGGUGAAAUCUUGUCGCCGGGUGUCUACGGGAUAACUUUCAAAAUCAAAACACGGUGUAGGAGUUUUGGCCGGUCGCCAUGAAUUGGCCCGACAAGAAACGCUACACGCUGAUGGAGAACGUCCUCAAUGGCAUCAACUCGAAGCACAUUUCGCUGCCCGAGAGCGAAACCAAACGGAACACGAAAAUCCUCGAGAAGUUGACGUCGACCAUUCUCGACCAUAUGAAGCAAAAGGACGUGUUGUUCGGUGCGAUGUUCGAGAAAAACUUCUACGGCGGCAGCUACUACGACAACCUCAAGGUCGGCAACCCGAACGAAUUCGACUUGGACUUUGUGAUGAACGUGCCGCUCGUGGUGGAGCCGAAGCUGAGUUGCAGCGUGCACCCGGGCUUCGUGAAGGUGCAGAUAAGCGCGUUCAAAAAGCUCGAGACUAGGGCGGAGAAACCAAAAUACGAAAAGUUGCCGACCCUGCUAGACCAAGGCAACUACCUGUGCAUAAACAAGGUGCUGGUUUGGAUCGAGCGCGUGCUAAUAUUGGCGCUUAAGGAGUUGCCGCAGGACGAGACCGGUCACUAUGUCGAAGUCGUCGUCGGCGAAGACGAAACCAUCAAAGUUUACGCCAAGAUGUCCAAGGGACCGCCCGCCUUCACAAUGAAGAUGUUCGGCAAGGACCGAAACGGCGACAUCCAACUGGACAUCGAUCUCGUGCCAUGCUUUCAGUUUACCGACGACAAAUGGCCGGACCCCUCGCAGGGCUACCGGAAAAACCCCAGUCAGACUAAGAAAAAAUUUUUGAUAGUGCCGAAAAAGCCCAAAGUCGAAGGCAGGGAAAAUGACGCCAAGCUGGAACGGUACUGGCGGCUGUCGUUCCAGGAGCAGGAACGCGAGCUCAUAUCCGGAUCGCACCUCAAAGUGCUGAAACCUACAAUAAGGCUGCUGAAAAAACUCAGAGACCGGCAGUUGCACAAAAUCGCAAGCUAUUACAUCAAAACGUUGUUCCUGUGGGCGCUCGAAACGGAGCCGCCGGUUUUGUGGGCGCAGCCCUUGAGCUAUGUUUUCAUGAUGAUGUUGAAAAUCUACGCGGCCAAGAUGAAGGACGGCGUGAUCCCGUAUUACUGGAAUCGGAAACACAAUUUAAUUGACAGCUUGAAAGAGCCCACCAGAAAUGACAUAGCGAACGCUUUAAGAAAUAUCAUCGACGAAGUAGAGUGGCAGUUGGGAGAGCCGCACCUGAAUCCCUUCAUCAUCGGGAAAUAUUUGCUCUCAGCGGUGGACUACGAGCAAUUACCGUCAAGCGUGAUUGUGAGUAAAAAGCUCGCGAAGUCGAAAGUGAACGCGUCAUCGGACUCCCCCGACUCGUCCCGAACAAAAAUCAAGCUAACUGCGGAAGAAGCAGAGCAAGUGAAACUAUGUUCGGAGCAGUACGACAAAGCAAGAAACGAGCUGAGAGAAUUAAGCGCGCAGCCUGCUGAAGACGGUUUCCAAAUUGCUUUGUUGCAACGUCUGGCCAAGAUGGACGAAAAAAUGGAGGACAUGAAAGGCGAAAUCGAAGACUUGCGUAACGAGAAUAUCAAACUCGCGGACCGGUGCGAUGCGUUGACAGAUAAAACGAUACUCCUCGAGUCGAUGCUCAACAACCUUGGCAGUUAGGACCAGAAAUGCAAUUAAAAAUUUCUCUAACUCUGCUCUGUUUUGUAUGUGAUAUUAGCCUUCUUAUACUAUUAUGUUUUAAACAGUAGAUUUUUAUUAUCCCCAUGCGGUUGUAUCGUAAUGUAUUUGUAUUGUAUUUGAUAAUAAAGGCCGUAAAUACGGUAAAAUUGUUACAUUUCACAUGCAAUAUUUUUUAUCCAGUAUGAAAUUAUCUUGAUAGCCACAUAUUGUAGACGCUAUGCUGCACUCACAUGCAAAGACUGAUUUUCCAUUCUCCGCAUUUUAAGUAAAUAUCUUUUUGUACUCGCUACGCUAAAAUACCCACCAUGUGGUGGUCGCGACCCACUUCGGACAUUUCCGGUACUUUAGUCACAAGUUUGGGAGCGACCGUAUACUUCUAGUAAAUUUUAGGUACGUAAACUUAU